GUGGAGUGUAUAUUUGUUAACCUUCCUUCUACUUCAUACCUCCACCUCAACCCCUUGCCCCUUCCCCCUUCCCCACCAUCACCAUUCCUCGCUUGUUUGCACUCUUCUACUUUGAUACUACUCUAGUUGUCGAUUAUCGGUUUCUUCUCGCUCUCACUUUUAUCGUGUGCUCGUCCUCAAAUCGUCUUCUCCAUGGUAGACUUUCUCACUCGUGCUAUCGAAACCGUCAAGAGGGCCACCGAGGAGGACGCCAAAGGCAAUCUGAAAGAAGCCCUGCCUCUCUACCAAACGGCCAUCGAAUUCUUCCUGACAGUUCUCAAAAAUGAAAAGAAUGAGAGGAUACGGGAUACAAUCAGGAAAAAGGUCAUUGAGUACAUGGCCAGAGCCGAAAUGAUCAAGGAUUACCUGGCCAAACCAGAAGACAAGCCCAAGAAGAAGACCGUGGCCGACUCUUCGAAUGGAAGCGGAGGCAAGGGUGGCAAGUACGUGGCAUCUACAGGGAAAAAAGGCAGCGACGACGAUAGCGAGGAGGAUGCCGAUACAAAGAAACUGAAAGAGGCCUUGAACUCAGUUAUCUUGACAGAAAAGCCCAAUGUCAAGUGGUCCGAUGUCGCAGGAUUGGAUGCUGCAAAGGAAUCUCUCAAGGAGGCCGUCAUUCUCCCCAUCAAGUUCCCACACCUCUUCACUGGAAACCGCACGCCGUGGAAGGGUAUUUUGCUGUAUGGCCCUCCAGGAACAGGAAAGUCGUUCCUUGCCAAAGCUGUCGCUACGGAAGUCAACUCGACCUUCUUUUCCGUGUCAUCGUCCGAUUUGGUGUCCAAGUGGAUGGGAGAAUCUGAAAGAUCGGUCAAGCAGUUGUUCCAGAUGGCACGAGAAAACAAGCCGGCAAUUAUUUUUAUUGAUGAGGUCGACUCUUUGUGUAGUGCUCGUGGCGAGGGAGACUCUGAAGCAUCACGUCGUAUCAAGACCGAGUUCCUGGUGCAGAUGAACGGUGUCGGCAACGAUAUGGACGGCGUCCUGGUUCUUGGUGCCACCAACAUUCCAUGGCAACUUGACGCUGCUAUUCGACGAAGAUUUGAGAAACGAAUUUAUAUUUCGCUGCCAGACCCACAUGCUCGAGCGAAGAUGUUUGAGCUCAAUGUCGGAAAGACGCCAUGUCUCCUCACAGCACAAGAUUACCAGCACUUGGGACAGAUCACAGAAGGAUACUCCGGUUCAGAUAUCGCAAUUGCAGUGCGCGAUGCGCUGAUGAUGCCGAUCCGUAAAGUGCAAAUCAGCACACACUUCAAAUGGGUGGAUGCACCGUCCCGUGCAGAUCCCUCUCGGAUGACCAAACACCUCACGCCUUGUUCACCAGAAGAUCCUGCAGCAGUGGAGAUGAGCUGGGAGAACGUCGAGGCCGAUCAGCUGUUGGAACCAUCAUUGGGCAUGGAGGAUUUCUUGAAGGCAGUGAAGACUGUGCGUCCGACUGUCAGUGCAGACGAUGUGGUAGAGCACGCCAAGUUCACGCUAGACUUUGGAAGCGAAGGUUAAACGAAGACAGAGGACGAGUGGCCGCAUGUGAGGAGUGCCGAUACGUAUGAUAUCCCAGUCGAAUACGGACCCAUAUUAAAAAACCAACGACGUCUCGUUGUAUUAAUUAUGACAGGGGAUUGGCUCUGCAAAGUAUAGCUUGAGCCAUAUGCUGAAGAGCGACUUCACAGUUCACACAACAGAGUAUCCAGAAAAUGGCCCGAGCGAGGGGAGGCUUUUACGCCACUAAAAUGAAAAAAGAGAAGAGAUUGACGAUUCGUAUUCAGCGUGAAUGUUGCUCAACAUGCACUCGGCUCGACUGGGACGGAUGAUGUCUACGUAGGGGGACGAGGUGGGUGGCAGUGCAGGCGAAGAGGAGGUACACAGAGUGUUCCAGGGCGAAGCGGGCCAAGGAGAGACAGGGCGAAGGGGGGAGGAUGAGCAAUUUGGGGGAGU